AUGGAUCUAGAGGUAGCUAAAAAGUUAGAAGUGUUCAAAGGACCACUCGGAGUAUUGAGUAGAGGACCCUAUGUUGAUGCCUUAACUCUAAAAUUAGAGUUCAGUUUCAUGAAGUCUCAUGAUUUGAUUUUGAAAAAUAAUGAUUCAGGAAAAGUAAAUAAUUGGGAUAAAGAAAGUAAUUGGGAAAAGGGCAUCUGGGGUCAUGAAGCGUUUUGUUUAGCUGAGAAUGUUGAAAGUAUAGUUGCCGGAGCGUUUCCGAGGAGGAUCGGUCAUCCGUACCAAAACAGAACGCCACCGAAGAGAAAGAAGCCGAGGACCAGCUUCACCAGACUUCAGAUUGCCGAACUUGAGAAACGUUUUCACAAACAGAAGUAUUUAGCGUCCGCCGAAAGGGCUGCACUCGCGAAAUCGUUGAAGAUGACUGACGCUCAAGUGAAGACCUGGUUUCAGAACAGACGAACAAAAUGGAGGAGACAAACAGCAGAGGAGAGGGAGGCUGAGAGGCAGGCGGCGAAUCGUUUGAUGCUGUCCUUACAAGCGGAGGCGCUUGGAAAAGUCGCUUAUCCAACGUCGGUGCCCAACCAUCCAGCUGGAACCGCUGUUCCCAGCUUGGACAGGCAACAGGCGCCUACAGCGCUGACCCACCCGGUGGGCCAAUGGGCUUCGCCGUACGGGCCGCCGCAACCCCUGACCGAACCGAUCACGCCAGUCAAGUCGCUUUUGUACUUGAUCGACAAGAAUAUCGUCAUAGCUUCGAAACGGAAAACGCUGUGA